AUGAGCUCCUGGCGGUUCUCCUGCAGGAUUCCUCUCGUCACAUAGUACACACAGAACACUGGGAAGGAGAAGGAAAAGUCAGUCAGCAGGGUUAUUCUUCCGGGCACAUCUGAUAAUGCAGCUUUGUUAGCCUGGGACACGGAUCAUAAAAGUUUUCAAAGGAACAUAAUAACUUGCUCAGAACAAACCUGGAGGCAGCCUAAAUCCUGGACAGAGAUGAACUGAUGGUGAAUGGCACCACGUUGGAGUUCCCUUGGCAGUGGCACACAGUCCUGGAGAGUCACCUGGAGGCAGAGAUGCUGAUCGUUCUGAAGCCCGGAACUCUGCCCGUCCAGGAGCUGCUGGGUGACGUGUAACAGUGAUGGACAGAAUGUGCUCUGCUGCAUAAGGCACAGCGAGAGCUUCUGACUAACAGAAACAGUCUACCAGCUACUGCCACGUUUUCAUCUAUUGGUAAACAUCAGCUGCCGGUUGCUCUUAUGGGAGGAGGAUUGAAUUACUUCCAGAUGGAGAGUCCUUUCAGCCAAUUUAAGGCUUUCCAGCUGAUGUAAGACAGCAGGCUGAAAAAAAAAAUGGAAUUGACCACAUGAAGAAGCAUCUAAAGUUGAUUUUCAUGUUAUUUGGAGGACCAAAUACACUUCUGGAGACCACUGCAGAUGGAAGAUUAAUCACAUGAUAUUUUUCUUCCCUACAAAGUCAAUGUUGAUUUGUGUUAAGGACAGAUACUAGUUUUGUUGUGUCAGUAUGUCGACUGUGACAAGUGCUGAGACACCAGAGGAACCUAAUCCUCCUCUCCUUGAAGAAAAGCCAAAGGGAAAAUCACUAUUUAAUUUGGGUUCGCUUUUUGCUAACAGGAGUGAAAAAUUUGUAAUUGCUAGGAGCGAUAGUGUGCCAGAAGAGAACGUCCUGAAAAUAACUAUCACAGAGACUACGGUCAUCGAGUCAGACUUGGGCAUCUGGAACUCUCAUGCUCUCAUCUACCUCACUUUGUGGUUUUUCUUCAGCUUUUGCACUCUUUUUCUUAACAAAUACAUCCUUUCAUUACUGGAAGGAGAGCCUAGCAUGCUAGGUGCUGUUCAGAUGCUGUCAACCACCUUUAUUGGCUGUAUCAAAAUGUUUGUUCCAUGCUGCUUGUACCAGCACAAAACACGCAUCUCUUACCCACCCAAUUUCAUCAUGAUAAUGCUGUUUGUUGGACUGAUGAGAUUUGCAACAGUGGUCUUAGGGCUCGUCAGCUUGAAAAAUGUGGCAGUUUCAUUUGCAGAGACAGUUAAAAGCUCCGCACCUAUUUUUACUGUUAUUAUGUCUCGGAUGAUAUUAGGGGAAUACACUGGAUUGCUGGUUAAUCUCUCUCUCAUUCCAGUUAUGGGUGGGCUAGCUCUGUGUACAGCUACUGAAAUCAGCUUCAACAUUCUAGGUUUCUCAGCAGCUUUAUCUACUAAUAUCAUGGACUGUUUGCAGAAUGUCUUUUCCAAAAAAUUACUCAGUGGAGAUAAAUACAGAUUUUCGGCCCCAGAGCUUCAGUUCUAUACAAGCGCUGCUGCAGUGGUUAUGCUUAUUCCAGCUUGGAUAUUUUUCAUGGAUGUUCCAGUGAUUGGGAAAAGCGGAAGGAGUUUUAGCUACAACCAAGAUGUAGUUGUACUUCUCUUAAUAGACGGAGUCUUGUUCCACCUGCAGAGUGUUACAGCCUAUGCCCUGAUGGGAAAAAUUUCUCCUGUGACUUUCAGUGUUGCCAGUACUGUGAAGCACGCACUGUCAAUCUGGCUCAGUAUUAUUGUGUUUGGUAACAAAAUCACAAGCCUCUCAGCCAUUGGGACUGUUCUAGUGACGGUGGGAGUUCUGCUUUAUAACAAGGCAAAGCAGCAUCAGCAAGAAACUAUACACAGCCUGGCAGCUGCAGCCCCACAGCCUGCACCGAGUACAGCUGAAGAUACUGAGCCACUGAUUUCCAAGGAUUUGAAACCAUAUGAUUGAUACUGUCACUUAUUCUUACAACGUGGUGUGGAAGUGAUUGUUCCUGCAGCUGUUGACGCUGAUGUGCUUCCUUUGAGGUUCACAGCAAGUUGGGCCUGGGACUUGAAGAAGAAAAAGAACAACAAGAAGAACCCAGGGAACCUUGAUUUUCUCAGAAACUGAAAUAGCAGAGGACCUGGUGUUAUUUAAUGUGGUAAACGUGGGCUUUUUGAUCUCUUGACUGCAAAAAAACCACACAAGCCUCUAUUAGACAGAACUUUGGUGUCUUGUAGGAAAAUUAUUACUAUCUCCAUGCCCAGGAAAACAAUGUGAAAACUUUGGCCCAUCACUGUAUUUGGUUUUCUUGCAGUGGAAUGAAAUUUCGAGGUGUUAAUUACUGUAUGCUGCAUCCUCCAUUAUCUGUUUGUGUUGCAGAGCUGGAAGAAGGAACCCCUCCCUUCCCCCAGCUCCCAUCUCAGCAAAUGAUUUACUUUGGUAAAGCCCUCGUUGAAGUAAACUACAGACAUGAGUCCAUGUCUCAAAGCACAAUGAGCCACUACUUCCAACGACAAAACAAGCAGUAGAUAGUCUAUGAAACUCAAAAGGGAAAUAGUUUGUCCUGGUUAUGUAUUUACAGUAUUGAAAUCCAAAUGCACAGACAUAGCCGCACUGUGCAAACAGUGCUGAAGCAGAUUACCACCAAGAUGUGUGAUUUUGGUGUGAUCGGUCAGGAUAUCUGUAUUUCUAUCAUUUUUAAUAAGUGAAUUUCCUGUAUUUUGUUAUGUUUAUUGUUUUUUAAAUGAGGAAGUGAGCUUUUAUUUCGUAGCACUGUUUGUAGGACUGCAACAACAAUGCUGCCUUUCAGGAACUCAGGGUUCUUACCCUACGUGUAAAGUAUUUCUGAUGUUUCCAGUUAUGUGAGGAAUCUUGGGGGUAUCUGACAAGGCUGAAAUGGGACCAUGAGCUGCAGCAAUCUGGGAAUUCUUCCUUUUAUGGACAAGCUACAUUUCAAGGCUGACCAACCAGAGGUUAACAGCCAACUUCUUGCCUUCCCUUUAAGGAAACCUUAAACUUUAUUCAUUCAUCUCUGCAAAUAGAGCACGUGUACAUACAGAAACCAUCACAUGGUCUUUUUGGGGAACAAAUUGAACAAAACGAGUUGAUUUUUAAUAAUUUCCUGUUUUGAAAGAGUGUCGCUUGGUGUUAAAUCCUGCAUUAAAUGUUCUUUAGAGUAAAAUACUGUUUCUAAUAGGAA